AUGGAAAUCAAGGAUGAAGAAACCUUGAAGCUCUCUUAUUAUGAUUUCGAGCCCUUUUGCAAAUGGAAAAGAGAGGAAGGACAUGACAUACUUGAGGUCCAUCUACAAGAUUUCCAAAAACAACAGCUGAGGGUCCAAAUAAAAGAACUUGGUGUUGUGACAAUUACUGGAGAGCGACCUCUAGAUGAUACUCACUGGUGCCGCUUUAACAAACAAAUCAAGAUUCCAAAGAACUGUAAAACAAAUGAAAUUCGCGCAAAGUUCUCUGGUGGUAUUCUUCAUGUAGUAGUGCCUAAGAAAACUCCUGCAUUUCCUGCAGAACUAAGUAGCGCUGAAAAUAUCACAACAAGCACAAGCAUGCCAUCGAAUUACUUGUUUGGCACGCUGGAAUUAAAUACCAAGUUAGCUCUACAAGUUGCAGGAAUGCUUGCUGUGGUAGUGGCUUUUGGAGCUUAUGCAUACAAAUACUGUCAUUGUGAUCAUGUUGAAACCUAA